AGUAGUAGUUUGAUUCCAUUCAUUGUGUUAGUGACAUUAAUGAAUUUGAGUGUUUUUGGUAAUGCAUGGUCUUACAAUGUUGUUAGCUUUGGAGCCAAAGGUGAUGGAAGAACCGACUCAACACAAGCAUUCCAAAGGACAUGGUCUAAUGCUUGUGCCUCCACAAAACCAGUCACUAUUUAUGUCCCACGAGGUAGAUAUUACCUUCAAAGUGGAACUUUCGAUGGACCCUGUAAUAAUAAUGCAAUCUUUAUCCGCAUUGAUGGCACUUUGGUGGCUCCUUCCGAUUUUCGAGUUAUUGGAAACUCUGCAGCUUGGAUCCUGUUUAGGCACAUCGAUGGAGUUACUAUCUCAGGUGGUAAUCUCGAUGGGAAGGGAGCUGCCUUAUGGGCUUGCAAGAAUUCUUCUACUAGCACUACUUGCCCAACUGGUGCCACGACUCUAGAAUUCUCCAACUCCAAAAAUGUAGUGGUCAGUGCAUUGACAUCACUCAAUAGCCAAAUGUUCCAUAUAGUCAUCAAUGGUUGCCAAAAUGUCAUGAUGAAAGGCCUUAAGGUCUUGGCCUCCGGCCAUAGUCCCAACACAGAUGGAAUUCAUGUGCAAUUGUCUUCUGAUGUGACCAUAUUGAACUCCAAGAUAGGCACCGGAGAUGACUGCAUUUCUAUUGGUCCUGGCACUUCCAACUUAUGGAUUGAAAAUAUCGUCUGUGGACCUGGUCAUGGAAUAAGUAUUGGGAGUCUAGCAAAGGAUUUACAAGAACCUGGGGUCCAAAAUAUUACCGUGAAGAAUGUUGUAUUUUCACGGACUCAAAAUGGGGUAAGAAUCAAAGCGUGGGGCAAGCCCAGCAAUGGAUUUGCUAGGAACAUUCUUUUCCAACAUAUUGUAAUGGACAAUGUCCAAAAUCCAAUUGUUAUAGAUCAAAAUUAUUGUCCAAGCCACAAAGGUUGUCCAGGAAAGGCUUCUGGGGUUAAAAUUAACGACGUAACAUACCAAGACAUCCAUGGAACAUCAGCUACCGAAAUUGCAAUAAAGUUCGAUUGUAGUCCAACAAAUCCAUGUGUCCGAAUAAAGUUGGAAGAUGUAAGGCUUACCUAUAUGAAUCAGACAGCGCAAGCUACAUGCAAUAAUGUAGGAGGGAUUGUAGCAGGUCUUGUUCAACCCACUAGUUGCUUCUAA